CUGCAAGUCUUGUGAAUUUUGCCUCACCUCUAAAACCACCUUUUCUUUUUUCUUUUUUAUAACACUUAGCAUCUUUCCCACACACCCACUUAACCUGAAGAUUGCUUUAACCUCACGUUUUUCUGUCUUUCUCUGUCGGUACCAAACCAUGAGAGAGCUGGAAAACAACUCCUUAGACCUCAACAACUUGCCUGAGGAUUACACUAGAGAUGGUAAUAAGCAAGUGUUUGAGGGUAGUAGCUCCUCAUCAGGGUGCAGGAAAAAGAAGAGCGACGGAAAAGAAGAGUGCGGCAAGGUCUACGAGUGUAGGUUCUGUUCCCUCAAGUUCUGCAAAUCUCAAGCUCUUGGCGGGCACAUGAAUCGCCACCGUCAAGAAAGAGAGACUGAGACACUGAACAAGGCUCGUCAGCUGGUCUUCGGUAACGAUACCCUAGCCGCUCAUCCCGCCCUUCCUCAUCAUCAUCUAGCCUGCCAAUCGAUGCCGGGAGGCUAUCACACGGCGACCAACGUGACAGAUCCGCCGCUUCCAUACAGAUCAUCAAUGUACCCUCCGCCGCCGCCGCCGCCGCGAUUCUUCUCGGCCUCCUCCUCAUCUUCCAUCGUCCAACCGCCGCCGCCUUACCUAUACCCGUCGCCGCCCCACCUUGUGGCCUACCCUUCGCAUUACAACAGCAACCAGCACCCGGCUGCCGGCGAUAACUACUCGAUGGGCCACGUAUUUAGCAGGAGCUCGAGCUCACACUUUGGCACGCUGGAGUCGAACUACACCUGCAUCGGGGCUCCGGUCGGGGAAGGGUUCAAUGCACCCAGGGGAGGUGGCAGGGACAGGUCGCCGCAGGGUCAGAAGGAAGGAUUGAAUUGGGUGUCAAGGUUGGAUCCUUCCUCGAUCAAUCGGUUUCAAGAUGGGUUCUAAAAAUUUGAUCUUGUUGGACGUAUAUUGGAGUAUUGAACCAAGUUCUUGAAAAGCCACCCUCAGAGACAGAGAGAGACAGAGAGAGACAGAGAGAGGACAUGACAAAAACUGACUAGAUAGAGGGGGUUUUCAUUUCAUGCAAGGGAGGGAGAGAGGAGAGAAGUUUUGGUUUAUUUUGGGGGACAGAGGGAGGGGUUGAAUGGUACAGCUUUUGGAGUCGGGUACACUCUCUCAUCAGCUAGUUGUCCUGAGAGAGUGUGUGUGUGUGUGUCGUCGUCGUCGUCGUGUAUUGGGUUUACGUAUUCGAUCUAUAAAUCAAUUAUGAAUUGUUGCUAUAAUGUGUGAAAGGAAGUGACCAAAAGCUUGAGCUUUUAAGUGAGUUUGGCUGGUCGUGCAUGUGGGACAAGGGAAGUUCGAUCUGAACUGGAAGUUCCCAACCGCCCUCUUUACCUUUGCAUGGGGUUGUAAGUUUGUGAAUUCUCUCUC